AUGCAGGAUCAAGUGAUUCGGGCGAACAUCAACGUUGGCAUUUUGGGCCACGUCGACAGCGGUAAGACGUCUCUGGCGAAGGCGCUCUCUUCUACUGCGUCCACAGCGGCGUUUGACAAGAGUCCUGAGAGCCAACGUCGCGGUAUCACGCUUGACUUGGGCUUCAGUGCCUGCUGCAUUUCCACAGCUGUGGCUGCACCGCCGCUGCAUGCAGCAGGCAUUGAGGAGAUUCAAUGCACCUUUGUUGACUGCCCGGGUCAUGCUUCCCUCAUUCGGACUGUUUUGGGUGGGGCACAAAUCAUAGACAUCAUGAUUCUUGUUAUCGAUGCGUGUAAAGGAAUACAGACGCAGACCGCGGAGUGCAUUGUAAUUGGCGAAGUCCUGUGUAAGCCGUUGUUAGUGGUGAUUAACAAAAUUGAUGCGGUGCAAGGUUCAACUCCAGCAGACAAGCGCGCAACACUGAAUAAAUUGCGGAAACGUCUUGAAAAGACGUUUGAACGUACCCGCUGGCCCUCCGUACAGAUGGUGGAAGUUGCUGCCGCCCCGCGUGGAGACGGGGUGACAACAGGGGAGGUGGCUCACCCCAUAAAUAUGGAGGAAGUGACUUCUGCUGUUUUGAGUCUUGUCGAUGUAGCAGCAUUGAAGGACCAGUUCGAAACACCACUGCGCUCGGAGGAUUUUGCAAUGAUGUUUGAUCACUGUUUUGCCUUGAAGGGCCAAGGCACCGUUUUUACCGGCACCGUUCUUCGUGGCCAAGUUAGCGUUGGCGAUAGCGUUUUGAUCCCGGACGCGCACCUGGUGAAAAAGGUGAAAGGGUUGCAAGCCUUUCGAAGGCCUUUGCAACGGGCGAGACGCGGAGAUCGCGUGGGGUUGUGUGUAGUGCAGUUUGAUGCCGAGGGGGUCGAACGGGGUCUAUUGUGCAGCGCACAGCAGCAUAGAGGAGCACUCCCAGCUGACGCAUCUCCUUUGUUUGAGAGUGCAAGCGUGCUGAUUGCGGAGGUGAAUCGUGUACGAUUCCAUCAACUUUCCUGCGAUGCCCACACUAAAUUUCACAUUACCAUUGGACACUCAACCGUGAUGGGGACGAUGAGGUACUUUAGUCGUCCCACGGUGGAUACGCAGGAGGAGAAGGUCAACGUGUUUGAUCUCUUGCAGGAGAGUUUAUACGUUGAUGAACUCACAGAGGACACCUUUCUCACCUUUGGUAACAUUGAAUGGAAGCCGAAAGUUGGUUACCCCGUCGCCGUGAAGCGCGGCCCUCUCACGUAUUACGCUAUUGUCCUCUUGGACCGACCCAUUUUGGCUGCCGUUGGCACACCGCUAAUUGCCACACGACUCGAAAUGGAACGCGAAAAUAUGUGCCGCAUUGCAAUUGCGGGGUCAGUGUGUGCGCUGCUAAAUGUUGGAGGUUCUGGUGCUGCAUCGCCCAUGUUCUGGCGAGACUUGCCGAUUGUUCGGUAUAAGUCCAGGGCGCUUGUUGUAGAGCGCGUGCUAAACGAGAAGACUUGUAUUGCCAGCGGUGUUGUUGGGUUUGAAGCCCCGGACACGAGCUGCGGUAAUGACAACCAUAAAACGAAGGAAAAAGACAUCCUCCACGCGGAGGUGCAGAAGUUUAUUGGCAUGCGGGUUCACUUUCGUCCGACUGUGGACGAAGAGGCUGAUGCUUCCACACUCACCGGGAUUAAGGUGGGGGUGAUUGACUCCGCAUUUGGCAAAACGGGGAAAGUAAAGCUUGUUUUUAAGGAGCCCAUUUUUGCGAACGAGCCCUCGGGUGCAGGGCGAGCGAAGCGAAGUGGUGUGGCAUUUCUCACGGACGGUGUCGUGGAGCUCACACUCAAAAAGUAUCCUCUUGCGCUUCACAGUCAGCUCCAGCAAUAG